CCUAAAAGUGAGGUUAACUAACAGAACAGUUUAAUUUUUAAGUAAAGUCUCUAUUACUAUUACUUAGUGAAGCCGAUUAUUAAAUCCAUUGACUGAAAUUUAUUCAAUAUUUAAUAUCCAAGAAUGUCUGAUUCUGAAGAAGAAAAUUAUUGUUAUUUUGGAAAACCUCUAGAUCCAUAUGAUGAAGAUGCCUUUCCAAAAAAGAAACCAAUUUCCGUAGAAGAACAAAUUGCAACAGAUGCAGAAGGAAGACGUAGAUUUCAUGGAGCGUUUACAGGAGGUUUCUCUGCAGGCUUCUUUAACACUGUUGGUUCAUUGGAAGGAUGGACCCCUAGUGAAUUUAAAAGUACUAGACAGGAUAAGGCAAAAAAUGUUAUGCAAAAACCUGAAGAUUUUAUGGACGAUGAGGAUUUUGGUGAAUAUGGUAUUGCACAUCAAACUGUUAAGGCAACAAAAGAAUUUUCUACAGUGAAGAAACGUAAAAGACAGAUGUUUCCUGAUGGCCCAAUUCCCGGAGAGCCAGUUUUGCAGACAUUGUUAUGUAGCGGCAAUGAAACGGUUGGUUAUUUACUCCUUAAAAAUAUUGGAAUUCAGGAUAAAAUUAUUAACCAACAAGAAGUAGAUUCUACUGAAGAAAAAGUAUAUGGAUGUCAAAUUCCGAAAGAAUAUAGAAUACCAAAAAGUAUUGAAAACAAACAAUAUCAUAUUCCUAAGAUUUAUGAAACAUUUCUAAAAAAUCCCAAAUCUAAUACUUUUGGUCUAGGUUAUAAGGGACUAGAUAAAUCUCAUAUAAACUUAUUCGAAAGUACUAGUUUAGUUAUGAGAGACAAAAACAAUAAAAAGAUAUCGAUAAAAGGACAAGCAUUUGGCGUAGGAGCUUUCGAGGAGGAAGAUGAUGACAUAUACGCAAAAGAAGAUAUGACUAAAUACGAUUUUGAAUUGACAAAAGAAAAAUCUGGGAAGAUUGAGGCUGAUAAAAGGAAUUUAUUAUUUUGUUUAUUUAAACAAUCGAAAGCUCCAUUACUCUUUAGUAAAUUAUAUCCUCCGCCAAAUAUUCCACAUAGUUUUACUGGUAAGCAUAAAGUAAGAAAGUCAAGGUUUGAACCACUUCUUGCUGAAGAGUCUAGUCCUAAAGAAAGAAAAGAAAUUAAUCCUGCUAUAAGAGCAGCAUAUUUAGGUGAAAAUGUAGAUAAAACAUACACAGAAUCAAAAUCCAUUGUGGAACCCGAGCCAGAAAAAAAACAAGAAAAUACAAAAAGUAAACAGGAAAACGCAACGACAAGUUUUGAUAUUUCGUCGGUGUUGAUAUCAGAUAGAUUUGUGUCGGCAGUUGAAGAAGAAGACGUUAAUAAUAUAUUAAAACCUGUUGAGAAAAUGGAAACCACACAUGGAACCAAAGAACUAAGGGAGGCCGCGAGAAUGAAAAUGUUUGGUAUUCUUACUAGAGUUACAACUGACUGGCAUCCCUGCAGCAUUCUUUGUAAAAGGUUUAACGUUCCCGAGCCAUUCAUGGACAGGCCUGACGAGAAAAAUAAAAAGAGAACUAAAAAUCUUAUAUUCGAAUAUCAGAAGCAUUCUGAGGAUCAGAAUAUUUUAUCCCCAGGACUUUCCAUUCAAACAAAGCAAGAAGAAAAUACGACUCCAACAAGUGUUGUCGCUGAUUCCAUAAAAAUAAAUGAUGAAGUUAUGGAACCAGAACAAAAUAUUACUGAUGUUCUGAAACAGGAACAAAGUGAAGUAACGGAUAUUAAAAAAAACAAUGAUGAACCAGAGUUGGAAAAUGUACCCAAAGACAUUACAGAAAAAGUCGAUGUAGCUCAAAAUUUGGAUCUGUUCAAAGCGGUGUUUUUGAGCAGUAGCGAAUCGGAAGAUGAAGAUGUGACUGAAGAGAAAACCGAUACUAACAAAAUUGAAGAACUUAAAGCCAACGUUCUAUCUGAUUCAUUGAUACCCAAAAUUAAGCCGAUUAAAGAAGGAAUACUGUCCAAUGUAAACUUCCACAUAUUUUCUAAUCCUAAAAAAGACACACAAGUAGAAACAAAGGUGGAAAAUUCCACAUCGCUUAAUUCAAUUGAUAAAGAAGAAACGGAAGUGGUUUCUUAUGGACCCGCACUCCCCAGUAAUAAAAUUAAAAUUACUAAAGCAACAAACGAGGCCAGCUUGUCUAGUGAUAACGAAGAUGUAUGGGUUGAGAAGGGUGAAGGUAACAGUAAGAAAGAUAAACACAAAAAAAAGCAUAAAAAGGAAAAACGUAAGAAACACAAACGUGAUAAGAAGAAAUCGAGAAGCGAAAAGUAAUUAAAGUUUGUAAAUUUUAAAAUAUAAAUGGCUGUGAUAUUAAAUUAUGUAUAAAUAAUAUAUGUAUUAGGUAUUUGCGAUUAGAAUAAAAUUUCGGUAUUUGGUACCAUAAUUAAAAUAUGACAAUGUACCAAAAUAUAUGUAGUAUAAUCACAACGCACUGAAAAAUGUAUAGUACCUAAUAAAAAUUAAU